GGGCGUGAUGUUAAGUUAGGUGUGGGAAGACAAAAUACAGGGAAAAUAUAGUCUUUUGCUUUCUUACAUAGUUAAAAAUAAUAUUUGUACCAUGAGUCGCAUUUAUCACAACACGGCGUUGCAGAACAAACCCGUCAACAAUGAGAAGCUAACUAGUGUGUGGCAGCCUUCCACUUAUCAAAGGGGGGCUGGUGUGAUUCUGGAAGGGAAGUUGGUUGAUGUGUCCCGUCACGUCAUCUCGGACGCCGGUGGCCGAAAGGAUCGCUACUAUGUUCUGUACAUCCAACCCAGCCAAGCCCACAGGAGGAAGUUUGAUGCAAAGGGAAAUGAAAUUGAACCAAAUUUCAGUGAAAGCCAGAAAGUGAACACGGGCUACCUCAUGUCAUCCUACAAGGUGGAGGCAAAAGGGGUGACAGACCGGCUGUCAGACGAGGAGCUGAGGGCUCUGAUUAACAAGGCAGAGCUGGUGAAGGUGACAGAGAAGCACACACCCAGCCAGUCUCUGGCCUUCUGGAUCCCAGAGGGAGAGAUGGAGAUGAUUGAGCUGGAGCAGGGCCAGGAAAUCCGAUUGAAAACCGAGGGGGACGGGCCGUUCAUCUAUUCUUUAGCCAAGCUGGAUGGUGGCUCAGUGACCAAGUGCAACUUUGCCGGUGAUGGAAAGACAGGGGCCUCCUGGACGGACAAGAUCAUGUCUAACAAAGCAGGGGUGGGCGUGGCUGUGAAAGACAGAGGGCCGGGUGAGGGCGCGGAGGACGAUGAGUGGGAGGAUUGAUGUGGAUGGCAGAAGUUUGUAGGUGCUCCGUUUCAGCAGGCCUGUAUCAGACACGUGCGUGUUCCAACAGCUGUUACAUUUGUCAGUUUAUAACCUGACAAAAUCACCAGGUUUCUUCUAUGAGCACGCUUAUCAUGAUAACACAAAUCAAGGAUAUUUUUUUGAACUACUGAGUGAUAAGAAUUGUCUUCUGGAGUCUCUAAAUACAGCCAGUAAAAUUUAAGACAUUACCCUCAGACAGCAUCCCCUCGGCACAAAAUUUCUGGCACAUGAUCACAAAUAAAUGGGUCACUCUCAUAGUCCUGGUGUCUGAACUCAUGGAUCCCAAAUCAUGGACACUGCUAAUGUCUGAAGAAAGCAGCAGCUCCUCUCCUGGGCUACCAGUAGCCAACAGCCAAUAUCAUAGGGGUGUAACCCCGGCGUGCUGGCCAAAUUUCCCAUUGUCCCUUACCAAUCAUGGCCUCCUAAUAAUCCCCAUC